GCGCAUUUGUGUCCCGGGAUGACCUGUUGAUGUCGGCUAAAGAUGGAGUGCCAGUAUCGCCGUCUGCUAUAGACCCCUUUCUCCUCUCUGACCCUGUGGUGCUGGGCAGAGCGUUAUGGCUCAGACGCUGCAGAUGGCGAUCCCUAACUUUGGCAACAACAUCCUGGAGUGUCUGAAUGAACAGCGGCUGCAGGGCCUCUACUGUGAUGUCUCCGUGGUCGUCAAGGGACACGCCUUCAAGGCCCACCGCGCGGUGCUAGCAGCCAGCAGCUCCUACUUCCGGGAUCUGUUCAACGCCGGGGGGAAGAGCUCGGUGGUGGAGCUCCCCCCGGCCGUGCAGCCGCAGAGCUUCCAGCAGAUCCUGGCCUUCUGCUACACAGGACGCCUCAGCAUGAACGUUGGAGACCAGUUCCUGCUCAUGUACACUGCCGGCUUCCUCCAGAUCCAGCAGAUCAUGGAGAAAGGCACAGAGUUUUUCCUCAAGGUCUCAUCUCCAAGCUGUGAUUCCCAGGGUCUCCACACUGAGGAGACCCCAAGCUCUGAGCCUCAGAGCCCUGUCACUCAAACGGUGGGAGGUGGCGGAAUUGGCGUUGUUGCCACAGCCGCUGGAAGACCCACCUCUUGUCUGACGCCCCUGCCCCUGGUGUCCAAGGUGAAGACAGAACAGACAGCCUCCACACCUCAGCCCACCCCACAGCCACAGCAGCAGGAGGGCUCUCCCUACUCGGUGGUCUGCACCCCAGUGGCCAAGCGCCUGUGGGAGGGGGGCAACCGUGAUGGGGGAGGGGGGUCUGGGGGCGGUGGGGGAGGCGGGAUGAGGAAGGCUGCACGCUACUCUUCCUCCUCCUCUUCCUCCUCCUCCUCCAACAAUGCUACCCAGGAUGCCUCUGGGCGCGGACCUGCAGCCAAUGCUGCCAUGGUCGGCGGCGCCACUUCGGCGGCAGUGGCCGGACUCAACAGUAACCAUAACCAUAACAACAACAACAACAACGGCGGGACCCCUGAAGGCACCAGCCCGGGCACACUGAGCAUGUACACCAGCGACUCGCCAAUUAGCUACCACGAUGACGAGGAGGAGGACGACAUAACGGAUGACAGUGCCGAAGAGCAGUACAGACAGAUCUGCAACAUGUACACCAUGUACAGCAUGCUGAACGCCGGUGCAGCAGUGGUUGGGGAGCGGGUGGAGGCUCUUCCAGACUUGGCCCCGGACUCGGGCGGCGGGCGGGGCGGCAGAGGGGGGCGAUCUCGGCAGGACCUGGCGUCGCUGCCCGCCGAGCUCAUCAGCCAGAUCGGGAACCGCUGCCACCCGAAGCUGUACGAGGAGGGCGACCCGGCCGAGAAGCUGGAGCUGGUGAGCGGCACUUCCGUUUUCAUCUCCCGCGCCCAGCUCAUGAACUGCCACGUCAGCGCCGGCACCCGCCACAAAGUGCUGCUCAGACGCCUGCUGGCCGCGUUCUUUGACAGGAGCACUCUGGCUAACAGCUGUGGAACUGGCAUCCGCUCUUCAACCAACGACCCCAGUCGUAAACCCCUGGACAACAGAGUGCUGCACGCCGUCAAAUUUUACUGCCAGAACUUUGCACCCAGCUUCAAGGAGAGCGAGAUGAACGCCAUCGCGGCCGACAUGUGCACCAAUGCCCGCCGCGUCGUCCGCAAGAGCUGGAUCCCCAAGCUUAAACUGCUGAUGGCCGACAGCGAUGCCUACUCCGCCUUCCUGGCCGACAGCGUGAAGAUGGAGGCAGAUGCGCUGGGGGCGGAGCAAGGCUUUGAUCCCGCCUCCCUGGAAGCUGUGGCGGCAGCAGCGACGGCGGCAACCAACAAUAACGAAGUGGGAGGCGGAGCCACGGCAGCAGACACCCUCCAGGUGGCGGGAGGAGAUGGCAGCACUUUGUUUUGAGUGAGUGAAAGGACAGUGAAUGGACAGAUGAUGGAGGGAGGGAUGGCAUUUCUCUGGGGCGAUGAGAUGAGAAUGGUGGCCGCUGUGGUCGCGAUGGUAGUUGUCACUCCUAGCCGCCACGUGUUUUGGGAUCUGUUUCUUCUUUUACGCCUCUUUUGGUCACUUUGUUCUGCUUUCCUUCCUACACUUGUCCACAUUUCUGUCUCUCUCUCAGCGGCAGAAUGCCUCUCUUCGGGUUGUUCCUCCUUCCUUUUCUGAUAGAGAGAGAUUGAAAGGUGGAGAGAAAGGUAGCAGAGGAACGAGGUUGACUAAUAGUCCCCCCCACCUCUUCAUUCCUCUGUAACCUUUCAACACCUGAUUGCUUUUAUUUUUAUGUUUUUAAAGUGUGUACUGUCACUAUGGCCCUUUUCUU